CCUCGUGCUGGCUUCACUUCUCACAGGUCGCAAGCGGAACACGGCACCGACGGCGCGCCGCGGCCCCCCCUCUUCCACGACCGCCGGCAACCGGCAUUGUGGAGUGGCCGCGACCCCCGGGCAGGAUGUGUUUCAGGGAGAUCAUACUACCUUAGAUUGAUUAUGGUUUACUUGGACAACUUCUGAAAAGAGGAGAUGAGGAUCACGGUUCGAAAGGAUGCGUGGUGAGCAUAAAGCGAAGCAUUGGUUGGUGGUCUUUUUCUUCUGCCCUACUUGAAGGAAGAAUGCUGUCAAACUAAAAGGUUACAGUUAAAACUGCUGGCAAUGGGAUACCAUGGUUUCUGCAUUUUGAUCCUAAUCAUAUGCUUUGUCCCCAGCUCUGCUUUUGCUGAACAUAGUGAUAUAAGUACAUUGUUGGAUCUGAGGGAUGCAGUCACUGAAGGGAAAGGAUUCCUCUUCAACUGGUUUGAUUCAGAAACCACUCCAUGCAGCUGGUCAGGCAUAACUUGUAGGGGGCAUGCUGUUGUAGCUAUAGACUUGUCCUCUGUGCCAAUUUAUGCCCCAUUCCCAUCUUGUAUUGGGUCAUUCGAGUCACUUGUUAACCUCAACUUCAGUGGCUGUGGGUUUUCUGGUGAGCUUCCAGAUGCCUGGGAGGGCUUGCACCAACUCCAGUACCUUGAUUUGAGCAACAACCAGCUUACAGGGGCUCUUCCUGUCUCGUUGUAUGGACUGAAGAUGCUGAAAGUAAUAGUGCUUGACAAUAAUUUCUUUUCCGGACAAUUGAGCCCUGCUAUUGCUCAGCUUCAGUACCUCACGAAGUUAUCUAUAUCCGCAAAUUCCAUCUCCGGUGUCCUUCCUCCAGAACUGGGCAGUCUACAGAAUCUGGAAAAAAUGGACCUUCACAUGAACGCGUUGAACGGGUUGAUACCAGCCACUUUGGGGAACCUCUCUCGGCUCUUGCACCUCGAUGCAAGCCAGAAUAAUCUCAGUGGAUCAAUAUUCCCUGGAAUAACUUCAAUGGUGAACCUUGUGACAGUUGAUCUCUCUUCAAAUGGUUUGGUGGGGCCACUACCUAGGGAGAUCAAUCAGCUGAAGAAUCUUCAGUUGUUAAUAUUGGGACAUAAUCGUUUCAGUGGAAGCAUUCCAAAAGAGAUUGGUGAACUAAAUCUGCUGGAAGUGCUUGAACUCUCUGAUUGCCAGUUCACAGGCACCAUUCCUUGGUCAAUUGGAGGUCUCAGAAGCUUAAAGGAGCUUGAUAUAUCAGAGAACAAGCUCAAUACUGAACUCCCGGCAUCUGUUGGUGAGCUGGGAAACCUAACCCGUCUAUUUGCAAAGGGUGCCGGUCUCAGUGGGAACAUUCCGAGAGAUCUUGGUAACUGCAAGAGGCUUGUGCUUGUUGAUCUGUCCUUCAACUCCUUUACUGGCUCUAUACCCAAAGCACUUGUAGGUUUAGAAGCCAUUGCUACAUUUCUUGUGGAAGGGAACAAUCUAUUUGGCCACAUUCCAGAUUGGAUUCAGAAUUGGGUAAAUCUUCGUUCCAUAUCACUAGCACAGAACAUGUUUGAUGGACCCCUGCCAGUGUUGCCUUUGCCACAUCUAGUUACAUUCUCUGCGGCAACUAACAUGCUCUCUGGUUCUAUUCCUGUGGAGAUAUGUCAGGCCAAGUCACUGCAGUCACUCAUAUUACACAAUAACAAUCUGACUGGGAAUAUAAUGGAGACAUUUAAAGGGUGCAAGAACCUUACGGAACUUAACCUCCUAGGAAACCAUCUUCAUGGUGAGAUACCGCAUUACUUAUCUGAGCUACCGCUAGUAAGAGUGGAGUUGUCCCAAAACAACUUCACCGGAAAGCUGCCAGAUAAAUUGUGGGAAUCAUCAACUAUUCUGGAGAUCACACUCAGCUACAAUCAGCUUACUGGCCCUAUACCAGAAAGCAUUGGUGGGCUCUCCAGUUUGCAGAGGCUACAGAUCGACAACAACUACCUGCAAGGACCUAUCCCUAGGUCGAUUGGCACUUUAAGGAAUCUAACAAACCUAUCUCUUCAUGGCAAUAGGCUGUCUGGCAACAUUCCACUAGAACUAUUCAACUGCACAAACAUUGUCACUCUGGACCUGGGCUCUAACUAUCUGAGUGGCCACAUCCCGAGGGCCAUAUCUCAAUUGACAUUUCUCAACAGCUUGAGUUUGUCUUAUAACCAGCUGUCUGGUACUAUACCUGCUGAGAUCUGUGUUGGAUUUGGGAAUGCGGCUCACCCGGACUCAGAAUUUGUUCAGCAUCAUGGCAUGCUUGAUCUUUCAUACAAUCGAUUGACUGGUCAUAUCCCAACAGCGAUCAAGAAUUGUUCUAUGGUGAUGGCACUAAACUUGCAAGGCAAUAUGCUGAGUGGAACCAUUCCCCCUGAGCUUGGUGAACUGACAAAUGUUACAACCAUCACUCUUUCUUAUAACGCAUUAGUUGGCCCGAUGCUUCCCUGGUCUGCACCAUUGGUACAACUUCAAGGCCUGUUUCUCUCUAAUAACUACUUAAAUGGCUCCAUUCCUUCUGAGAUUGGUCAAAUACUUCCCAAAAUUGAAAAGCUAGACUUAUCUGGUAAUGCACUUACUGGCACUCUGCCUGAGUCUUUGCUCUGCAUCAAUGACCUAAUCCAUCUGGAUGUCAGUAAUAACAACCUCUCUGGACAAAUCCCAUUCUCUUGUCCUAAAGAAAAAGAAUAUUCGAGUUCACUGCUAUUCUUCAAUGCAAGUAGUAACCAUUUCUCUGGGAACCUAGAUGAGUCUAUUUCAAACUUCACACAACUUUCUUCUCUUGAUAUCCACAACAAUAGUAUCACUGGAAGUUUGCCUUUUUCACUUUCUGAUCUCAGUUCUUUAAACUAUCUUGACCUCUCAAGCAACGACUUCCAUGGUGUCAUCCCUUGUGGUAUCUGCAGUAUAUUUGGCCUCACAUUUGCCAACUUCUCUGGCAAUCACAUUGGCAUGUUCAGCUUAGCAGAUUGUGCUACAGAAGGUUUUUGUACUGGAAAUGGUUUUGAUCGUAAGGCGCUUCAUCCAUCUGAUCGAGUUCUAAGAGUAGCAAUCAUUUGUGUCAUUAUACUUGCAAUCAUCUUUGUCUUAGUUCUUCUGAUGGUUUGUCUGAGAUGGAAACUAUUGAGAAGCAGGCCCUCAGCCCUUGUACCCGCCAGUAAGGCCAGGGCUACAGUUGAGCCAACCUCAAGCGAUGGACUCCUAGGGAAAAAGUUUCGGGAACCCCUGAGUAUCAAUCUUGCAACAUUUCAACAUGCACUGCUAAGGAUCACCGCAGAUGACAUUCUGAAAGCCACCGAUAAUUUCAGUAAGGUGCAUAUCAUAGGGGAUGGUGGGUUUGGCACUGUCUACAGGGCAGCACUUCCUGAAGGUCGGAGUGCGGUCAAGAGGCUUCAUGGUUGCCAUCAGUUCCAAGGUGAUCGUGAGUUCUUGGCUGAAAUGGAAACAAUUGGGAAGGUGAAACAUCCUAAUCUGGUUCCUCUACUUGGCUACUGUGUUUGUGGUGAUGAACGGUUCUUGAUAUAUGAGUACAUGGAGAAUGGGAAUCUUGAGAUGUGGCUUAGGAACCAGGCUGAUGCCAUCGAAGCACUUGGAUGGCCAGACCGCCUGAAGAUCUGUCUUGGUUCUGCCCACGGGCUUUCUUUCCUGCACCAUGGCUUCGUGCCCCAUAUCAUCCACCGGGACAUGAAAUCAAGCAACAUUCUAUUGGAUGAGAACUUCGAGCCGAGGGUCUCUGACUUUGGCCUUGCAAGGAUAAUCAGUGCAUGCGAGACUCACGUCAGCACCAACAUUGCUGGUACAUUGGGCUACAUACCUCCAGAGUACGGCCUGACAAUGAAAUCCUCUACAAAAGGUGACGUGUACAGCUUCGGCGUUGUCAUGCUGGAGCUGCUCACUGGACGGACACCUACUGGGCACGAGGAGGUGGAAGGUGGUGGAAACCUGGUGGGCUGGGUACGGUGGAUGACUGCACACGGUAGGGAGAACGAGCUGUUUGAUCCUUGCCUGCCAGUCUCGAGCACGUGGCGGGAACAGAUGGCCUGUGUGCUCGCCAUUGCUCGGGACUGCACAGCCGAUGAGCCGUGGAGGAGGCCAACCAUGCUGGAGGUGGUUAAGGGCCUCAAGAUGGCCCAGACAAUGGAAAGUGGACCUCUGGUGGUGACAGUGACCGGGGACAUGUAAUGCGGGCGACAUCAUCUUGACAUGCUGAUGCAACUGGAAGAUGAGCGAAGGUUGUUCUUGAUGCUGAAGUACUAAUAUAGGCUAGUUAUAGCUGUAGUCUGUACAUUGAUCUUAUCUGGUGACUGUAAUGAGAGAAACUAAUGCUGCUCAUGUUCAGGCUGUAGUUAGUGGUGUUAACUUUCUAUCUGGAUCCAAGUACUCUUUCUUCUACCUGGCAACCACCAUUGUUUUUCGUUUUUUCCUUGUUUGCUGACUUUGCAUUCUAUUUUGUUGUCACUUGUGUUGCUGCUUUUAACUGAAGCUGUUAGCUCAUGGCUUUGCCCAGAUUCA